UGGACGUGACACAUGGACUUAACUCGCCUUUUGCUCGCCAACAUAUUUUUCCAUUAAUUAGAGAAAUUAGCAUGUGCUGCAGAUUUAGCAAUCAACUAUCCAUACCUUGAUUAUGCAAUCAUACUUACAGCUACAUACACAGGUUAGCACAGUAAUUUUGGAACGCGUAGCUGGAAACCAGAUGGGCUGGCCCCUGUUAAGAAUGGCUCGAUACGUUAAACAGUCAAAGUAUCUUCAACAAUUAAAGGAAAACGAGGAAGUUUGGUCUAAAUCAUUCCCAAUGGCAUCGUUUAUGAUGUUUUCAAAGGACAGGGCUUUCAUUACCUCUGCAUCGAAUCCAACAAAUCCGUUUCAGGCUAAAAUUAACUGGAGAAGUUAUGAAGAGAUUCAAAGCUACUGUCCGGAUGUCAAAGGCUCAUCCGUUGUUUUAGGGGUUGAUGCAGAAUGCGAAGAGAAAGCCUUAUUUGUGUGUCCAGUUCAACCGGAAACCAUUGAUGAAAUUCAGGAAAAAUUUGAGGGAAAAUUUGCUGAUAUGAGAAUGGCUAUCUUUUCCCUUUCAACUUCAGAAGCUCAACUUGUUGGACGUGGAUACACCAUGAUAACAUGGAAUGAAGCAUCAAAAUUUUGCCAGAGAUGUGGCAGUGCUAUGAAGAAAACAUUUUCUGGGUGCGUUCGUGAGUGCAGUGAAGGCUGCACAAAAAAUCAUGUUUAUCCUCCAAUCUCUCCAGUAGCAAUUACUCGAGUUUUGGAUCAAACAAGAGAAAAGGUACUCCUUGUUCGGCAGCCGCAGUAUCCUAAAGGAAUGUAUAGCUGUAUUGCUGGAUUUAUGGAGCCAGGAGAGACGCUCCAGGAUUGCGUUCGUCGUGAAAUUGCAGAAGAAGCGGGGAUUGUGGUCGAGGAAAUUAAUUAUUUUCAAUCACAAACUUGGCCCCUACCACAGUCGUCGUUGAUGCUUGGGAUAACAGCAAUAGCAAUGGAGGGUUCUGAAGUGCUUGACAUUGACAAGGGUGAACUUGAAGACGCUAAAUGGUGUACAAAAUCUGAAGUCAAAGAAGCAUACGAAAGAGUGAAGAAAAAUCCAGGGAUAUUUCGUGGUAAUGAUGAAGGCCUUCUUGUAAUUCCUCCACGUGGUGCUAUUGCUCAUCAAUUACUUAGAAAUUGGAUUGAGGGUGAUUAUAUUCCGUCGCAACUUUAAGAGAACUUUUUCUUAAAUACAGCGUAACAAUUUUAAUUAUCA